AAAGUGGUGUUGUUGCAAAUGAAACAGAGAAGACCGGACGGUUACGGUUUCCGUUAUGCCCGAGAAAACGGGACUGUUGUCACUGUUCCAUGAAUCAAGACGGGGAUGGUCCGAAUCCGAUCAUUGGGUUUUGAAUUUUGA